AUGGACCGUCAAAAAGCAGUUGCCAAAGAUCUCUUGGCCAGCAUCCCAUCAACCAUUGAUGCUCCACCAGCGCAGUCCCAGCCCCCUCCGAAGCCGAAAAGAAUAAAGAAGGCUCAACCAAAGGCCAAGGCGACUCAAGUUGAUACCAAAGAUACUUUACCGAUCUCGAAGUUGGCUUCGAGCGAGAGAACCACAUCUGCUGCCGAGAAGAGGCCAGCCGAGGCCCAACCAUCUCAAUCCCCAAGAUCAAAGAAGCCGAGGUCAUCCGCCACAUCCACCUCGGGGUCUCGAUGGCAAGAUUCCCCCUGGGCCCCCCAAAUCACUCUGGAAGACAAGCCGGUCAUGACCAGUCAUAGCGUUGAUGACACUAAUGCUGAGGCUGCCAUCAAGGCUAAGGACGAUGCCGAUGAGAAAGCAGGUGCUGCUGAGGCUAUUAACAAAGUUCUUGAGGCACAGAGAAAAGAGUCUGAGGAAAAGAUGGCCCAAGCUCAACAAGAACUUCGGGAUGCCCUGGCCACCAAAGACGCCGAGAUCAAGGCUGUCGAUGAGAAAGGGUACAACAAGGGGGUGGCCGAUGUCACGGCAGAUUACGAGAAACAAGUGAAGAAUACCGAUGUCCUUCCUCUUCUAUUUCCUCAAACUCCACCUCAAUCCGAAGACGAAUCUGAGUUUGAGGAGGAGACCUUGGUGAGGAGAUCAAAGGAGGCUGCUGGGACCAAGUCCCUUUCUCAAAAUGAGCAAGUCCUAGACUUGACUCAAGAUGAGGAGUGUGAGAAGGUUCCCAAGGAUGCUUCUCCUGAGAAGUCUCUCUUUGUGGCCAAUGUGCCUUUCUUUUGUAUUAAUACAACUUCUUUUUCUGAAUGA